UGCCCCCCCACCUUCAUCCCGCUCCGAUUCCGAAGCCUUGGAAGAGAUCAGCCGGGCCUGCGAGACCUUGGCCGAGCAAACCCCCUUAAACCCCAUCCCAGCCCCAUCCAAACCCCCCCAAACCCCCCCCCAUCUUGGGGGACGCCGGUACCGAAGACCCCCCCCCCGCCACCGCGCUCCCCCCCGCCGCCGCCACCCCCGCAAGGAGCACUUGGACCGCCCCGUCCUGGCCUCCUUGGAUCUCCAAACGCAACCGGAUAAAGGGGGGACCCCCCCCCCCCAAAACCCAUCUCCUACCGCCGCAACCCCCCCCCUUCCCCCAACACCGCCCCCCACCGCCCCCCCCCAGCCCCCCCCGUCCUACGUCAGCUCCAGCGACCUCCUCAAGCUGCGGGCGUUGGGGGGGGAGGGCCCCCCCAAGGAGCUCAAAAUCCGCUUGAUCAAGGUGGAAAGCGGGGGGGGGGCCCCCCAAAGCGGUGCCGUCGGAGGGGGGGGCACCGGGGUCGUCGAGGUGGAGGAGCCCCGGGGCCCCCCCCUGGGCCAGCUCACCAUAAGGCACAGCGCGGCCGAGGUGGUGCGGGCCAGCAAGCAGGCGCGCCUCAAGGGCCCCUUCCGUGAGUCCUACCUGUCCCCGGCGCAGUCGGUGAAGCCCCAGAUCGAUUCCCAGGAGAAGCUGCCCCGGGACAAGCUCAACCCCCCCACCCCCAGCAUCUACCUGGAGAGCAAACGCGACGCCUUCUCCCCUGUCCUGCUGCAGUUCUGCACCGACCCCAAGAACCCCAUCACCGUCAUCAGGGGCCUGGCGGGGUCCCUGCGCCUCAACCUGGGGCUGUUCAGCACCAAGACCCUGGUGCAGGCCAGCGGGGAGCACGCCGUUGAGGUGCGCACCCAGGUCCAGCAGCCCUCGGACCAGAACUGGGACCUCUCGGGCACCCGGCAGGUGUGGCCCUGCGCCAGCAGCCGCUCCCACACCACCAUCGCCAAGUACGCCCAGUACCAGGCCUCGUCCUUCCAGGAGGCUCUGCAGGAGGACAAGGACAGUGAGGAUGAGGAGGCCGAGGAACCUGACAGCACCACAGAGACCCCCCCCAGCAACCCCGACCAGAAAUCCCACCAGAUCAUCAAGUUUGGGACCAACAUCGACCUCUCGGAUGCCAAGAGGUGGAAGCCGCAGCUGCAGGAGCUGCUCAAGCUCCCGGCCUUCAUGCGCGUGUCGUCCACGGGGAACAUGCUGAGCCAUGUGGGGCACACCAUCCUGGGCAUGAACACCGUGCAGCUCUACAUGAAGGUGCCGGGCAGCCGCACCCCCGGCCACCAGGAGAACAACAACUUCUGCUCGGUGAACAUCAACAUCGGGCCCGGAGACUGCGAGUGGUUCGCGGUGCACGAGCACUACUGGGAGACCAUCAGCGGCUUCUGCGACAGGCACGGCGUGGAUUACCUGACGGGCUCGUGGUGGCCGGUGCUGGAGGACCUGUACGGCUCCAACAUCCCCGUGUACCGCUUCGUCCAGCGCCCCGGGGACCUGGUGUGGAUCAACGCCGGCACCGUGCACUGGGUGCAGGCCACGGGGUGGUGCAACAACAUCGCCUGGAACGUGGGGCCGCUGACAGCCUACCAGUACCAGCUGGCGCUGGAGCGCUACGAGUGGAACGAGGUGAAGAACGUGAAGUCCAUCGUGCCCAUGAUCCACGUGUCCUGGAACGUGGCGCGCACCGUGAAGAUCAGCGACCCCGACCUCUACAGCAUGAUCAAGUACUGCCUGUUGCAGUCCAUCAAGCACUGUCAGGUGCAGCGGGAGAGCCUGGUGCGAGCAGGGAAGAAGAUCACCUUCCAGGCGCGGGUGAAGGAUGAGCCAGCCUAUUACUGCAACGAGUGCGACGUGGAGGUGUUCAACAUCCUGUUUGUGACCAGCGAGACGGGCGGGCGCAACACGUACCUGGUGCACUGCGAGGGCUGCGCGCGGCGCCGCAGCGGGGCCCUGCAUGGGGUCGUGGUGCUCGAGCAGUACAAGACCGAGGAGCUCAUGAACAUCUACGACAGCUUCACCCUGGUGCCAUCACCCAGCUCCAGAUGAGCCCCGCCCCCCCCAUCGGGGGGGUCACGUGAUGAUGAUGAUGAUGGGGGGGGGGGCGUCCCGUGCCCCUCCCCCCCAACCCCUCCCCCCAAUGAACAUUGUUAUUUAUUCCCGGUGAUAUU